UUAGCAUUCCCCGUCUGACACGAACUAAUAAGAUUUGACCCAGCUCCAACAUUUCAAAAAGCUAAGCACUGGGUAGUCAUUUCAUCUUUGCUUUUAACUCGAAUUCUUUCACAAUAGUCCAUAAACGCUGAUUUGACCUCUCACAUUUUAGCCAGGUCUGUGUAUCACAAGAAAUAUCAAUCAGCCUUUCCUUAGGUUCUACAACAUUUCAAUUACUUGUAUGUUCUCGCUCUUUUGUGCCCAUAUGUCCCAACAUACGUCACUUUGUCCUCCACAAAUAAAUGGUCCCAAUAACAUACAGGAUUAUUGGUGGCCAUCGCAAUCCAUCAGACUCAUAGGUGUUCCAGGGUCCUCAUUUGUCCACGGACAUAUCGAUGGCAUGGGGGCUUCCAUUUCAUUUUCACUUCAUUUAUGAUAGUUUGACUAGCAGUUGACAAGCCAGUGCAUAAUAUAUGUGAUUUUAAUCUACAGGGAGCCCUUCUGUACUAGAGCGCUCCUUACACUAGAACAGGCCUUUAAUUCAAAGAAAAAGAAGAAGAUGAACAGAGGAGAUUCUACUCUUUAUACUACAAUAAGAAGGCCCUACAGAAAGAUUUAUAGAGCUUAUGCUUGCAUAUAUUUUGCUGCAAUUCUGGGACUUAUAUAUUAUCGCAUAGUGUAUAUGCCAAGUGAAGGAUUUGUUCCUUGGAUUUUGGCAUUUAGUUCAGAGCUAGGCUUUGCCUUCAUUUGGGUAUUAGAUCAGGCCUUCAGAUGGCAGCCUGUUAACCGAUAUGCUUUCCCGGAAAAACUAUCUGAGAGGUUUGAGAAGGAUCUACCGCCUGUGGAUAUAUUUAUAUGCACUGCGGAUCCAGUUAAAGAACCCCCAAUCAGUGUUGUAAACACUGUGUUAUCCACUCUUGCUUUUGAUUAUCCUGUAGAAAAACUCUCUUGUUAUGUAUCGGAUGAUGCAGGAUCGAUUCUCACAUUUUACGCUUUGUUUGAAGCUUCACGCUUCGCAAAAAUUUGGGUUCCUUUUUGCCACAAGUAUUCCAUUCAACAGAGGUGCCCAGAAGAAUAUUUCUCUGAAAAUUGUGCGGAGGGGACUGCGAAUUUUUCCUUCAGAAAGGAUUGGGAGAAUGUCAAGAAAUUGUACGAGGACAUGGAAUAUUGUAUCAAUGGCACUGUGGAGAGAGGAGCCGUUCCAGAAGACAAAUUGAAAGAGCACAACGGCUUCAAAGAAUGGUUCGUUGGAAGCAAUUCGCGAGAUCAUCCAAGUAUUGUUCAGAUUUUACUAAUGAAUAAAGAGGAGAUGAAGGUAGACAGGCAGGGUUUGCCGAAUCUUGUAUAUUUAGCACGUGAAAAACGGCCUGGAUAUCCACAUCAUUUCAAGGCUGGUGCUCUCAACGCUUUGAUCAGAGUCUCUGCUGUAAUAAGCAAUGCUCCAUUUAUUCUUACCCUGGACUGCGACAUGUACGCUAAUAACUGUCAGGCACUUCGCGAAAUGUUAUGUUUCUUCAUGGACCCGCAUACAGGGCACCAGUUUGGAUAUGUUCAGGUUCCCCAAAGAUUUAAGGGCGUUACAAAGAAUGAUCUCUAUGCUAAUAAGCUCACGAGGAUAACCCAGAUACCAUGUCAAGGACUGGAUGGAAUUGAAGGACCAUUAUAUGUGGGCACUGGAUGUAUCCACCGCAGGACUGCGCUGUGCCCUGUCAACGAACAACACAAUCACUGGAAAAACUCAGACAACAUAAUAGAAGAUGCCAAAGAGCUUUCUAAGUGCACAUACGAGCAGAACACCCUCUGGGGAAUCAAGACUGGCAUGAUGUAUGACUGUGCAGUGGAGGACGUAGCGACAGGCUUUGCCAUACAAUGCAGAGGCUGGAAAUCAGCUCUCUGUAUUCCCACAAGGGACACCUUUGUGGGAUGCCCAACAAUCAAUCUGAACGAUACAUUGAUUCAACAAAAAAGAUGGACCGCAGGUCUUUUAGAGAUUUUUGUAAGCAAAUUUUGUCCAUUACUCCAUAGCAAUAACAUAGCACAUAUAAUGGGUUACACUUCUUACUGUCUCUGGGGUCCAUCUUCAUUACACAUUCUCUGCUAUGGCUCUCUCCCAGCUCUAUGUAUGCUCAGCGGCAAAUCAAUAUUUCCUUCGAUUCGGGAUUCAUGGAUCCUCCUCUUUGUUUUUUUAUCAGUGUGUGCAUAUUCCUACAGUGCAAUUGAAUUCAUAUACGUAGGAGGUGGUUCGUUGAAACGAUGGUGGAACGAGCAAAGGAUGUGGAUGAUCAAAGGCGUGUCAUCGUAUCUGUUUGGACUGAUUCAAGUCCUCUGCAAAUUAAUGGGUAUUUCUAAAGUGGGUUUCGAGGUAACAAGCAAAGUAUCAGACAGUGAAGCAGAAAAAAGAUAUGAGGCAGAAAUUUUUGAAUUUGGGGUGGCCUCUACACUUUUCAUUCCUCCCUCCACGCUGGCAAUGAUCAAUUUGAUUGCAUUGAUCGGUGGAAUAGUGCAAUCGACCAUGGCAGGGUAUGAGGUAACUGAGAGUAUGUUUGUGCAGUUAAUGUUAUCAGGCUUCCUUGUUAUAAAUAGCUUUCCAAUCUUGGAAGGGAUGUGGGUGAGGAAGGAUAAAGGGCGAAUGCCCACAUCCAUUACUAUUUGCUCCUGUGCUUUGGCAGUGUGCGCGUGGUGGAUUGUUUCAAUCAUGGUAUGAUCACGUAAGAAGUUCCAGACUCAUCUUUGAGGAUAAAUGUCACUCUGGAACCACUAAUUUAUGAUGAAGUCGGAUGAUGAGGAUGCUCUUCUCUUCUGACUAUUGCUCUUGUUCUCGCUGUUUAGCGUUUUGUUUGUUCUAGUUGUCAGAAGGUUCUUCUUCAUUCAGACUUUAGGGGUGUAUAUUCUCGAACCCACUUUUUUUUAAAGAAAAAUACAUGUAGUGAUUAGUAAAACAAAAAAAAUUUAUUAAAAAAGUAUACUAUAAAUGAUCUUGUUGUCUUUAUGGAUAAAAGAGAAUUCUUUA